UUGGAAGCUAUCGGGAAAGUAAAAAGUGGUGAAUUGACGGCGUACAGAGCCUCUAUUGCUUACAAUAUUCCUAGACCAACAAUAGUAGCUCGAGUGUAUGGUAGAUAUGGCGAUAAAUCUGAUUCUUUAGGAAGAUGUACAGUUAUUCCAAUGGAAAUAGAAACAAGAUUGGCAGAACACUUACAUCAAAUGGAAAUAUACGGAUUCGGUUUAUCAAGAACAGAAAUAAUGGAGUUUGUUGGACACUAUGUAACAAAAAACAACAUAAAAUAUCCUUUUAAAAACGGCAUCCCAGGAGAAGAAUGGUUUAUGGCUUUCAAAAAACGCCACAAUUUGGCCGUCAAAAAACCACAAGCCGUGGAAAAUUCUCAGAAAAAGGCCUGCAAUCCUUGGAUCAUAUACUCCUAUUAUGAUUUGCUGAAAAAAACAAUGGACGAAUUGGAAUUACACGAUAAACCUUCACAGAUAUGGAACUUAGACGAAACGAGUUUUUGCAAAGACCCCAGUAAAACCAAAGUAGUGGGUUUGUAA